AGAAAAAUCAGACAGUAGGGGAGAGACGUGAAUCAAACUAGCAACGAGACUGCUCGAUUAAACUGUAUGAAAGGCAGAUGAAAUGAGCUCACGGGAGCAUCUUUCUCUGCCUCUCGUGGUAAACUUUGGACUCCGUGUGAGGAUUCGUUGACCGUGACAGGUUGUAAAGAAGGAAUUCCAUCACUAUUUUUAAAGUCACACGCGGAUCUGGGGGCUGAGCACACAGACCAUUUGGCUCGUGGAACACCACAUUGAAAGUGGUUUAGCCUAUGUGGAUUGUUGUACCGCUCUACCUGCUUGUAGUGCUCCAGCAUACCCAAAACAUUUGGACACAACACGGUUCGUGCGGUCGUGCUCAUUGGUACGAUAUUACUUUGUUUUCAAAUGAUAUUUUCAGUGAAUUUCCCAUCAGUGGAAAAGCCUACGGCAAUACUUUCUAAUCCGACUGUAUGGAACAAUUCUUUGUUUUAACAAAUUAUGUUCUCUGCCUAAAGCUAUUGUUUAUGGUGACCACUUGUGAGCCAGGCAUGUCAAUAUGGACGAGUAACAUCGAUGGCGAAAUGACAUCGGGGAUUUAAUAGCUGUCACCGCAGCCACUGAAAUCAUAUCCUGCAAAUAUUGGCAGGUGUCAAAUUCACCUGGAUAUCAGCCUACUUCUUUUCACUGACCCUUUUCAACAGACGGGUUUAUUGGAUAUAGCACAGUGACCGCAUAUCUUCCAUAUUCCCUAAAGGAAAUAAUAGGAUUUCGAACUGCAUACAGUUUAUUGGGAUUGAGUCAUGGAUUACAACAUUUGCAUUGUCCAUUCUUCGUGUGUUCUCGAUGCUUAGACCGAAUUAUUUGCGAACAGAUUUGGUGAUUUUCAUUUGUAUUUAACAAUGAGAUUUCAAAUCCGUUUGGGAAAGUAAUUUUAGGUGAAGUGUUCUGUUCUGCAUUCUCUACAUUACUUACAACACCCAAACAUGACAAGCACCGGCCCCGUUAUCGUGUUUGAGUGGUUGAAGACCCUCCAGCUCUCUAUGUAUGUGGAGUCCUUCGUGGAUAACGGCUACGAUGAUCUGGAAGUUUGCAAACAAAUUGGAGACCCCGACCUGGAUGCUAUCGGUGUAUACAUACCGCACCACCGGCAACGGAUCCAUGACGCGGUGAAAAGGCUGAAAGACGAGGAUAAGGAAACGGCGGCGGGGCUGUAUUUUACGCUUGAGCCAAUGCCCCCCGCGUCUGAAAUGUACACCAGUCAUCUGGUGGACCAGUACGAUUCCAAACUGCGGGCGUCCAAGUCUUGGACCGAAUCGAACAGUGACCGGGUGGUGGGGAAAGGGGGCGCGUAUCUGGGCGCACAGAGGAACCUGACGCUUGGCAAGCGGAGGGAGUUGGUGAUUUAUCCCAAAUUGAAGCUGAAGAUCAUGAUUAGAGAUAAACUAAUCAAAGAUGGAGUCAACCUCGCCUGGCCGCCAUACUCAAACAAGGAUGGUUCUCUGGGGAACAUUGAUGACCUGGCCCAGGAGUACUCAGACUACUACAACACCUCAUUCAGUGACGUAAGUGACCGCAUGGAGGAGCUACGCAAGAGACGUGUGUCCCAGGACCUCGACAUGGAGAAUGUUGACACAAGCGCCACCUCCCUGCAGCUUCGCUCAGAGAUCCAAGAGUCCCUUGGCUUCAGCAGUGAGGUGUCCACUCCAGAGACAGAGAGAAAGAUGUCUCUGCAGAAGUCCAGCUCUGAAGACGGAGGUAAAUGGGACAAUAAGAAGAAGAACAAAUCCUUCUGGCAGAAUUUUCGCAAGACGUCGCAGAAGGGAGUCAUGCGGCAGACUUCGAAAGGAGAGGACAUAGGCUACUUGGCCAGUGAGAUCACCAUGAGUGACGAAGAGCGCAUCCAGCUGAUGAUGAUGGUGAAGGAGAAGAUGAUCACUGUUGAAGAGGCUUUAGCUCGGCUGAAGGAGUAUGAGAGCCACAGCCGACAGUCCAGCAGUACUGACACUGUAGAGUGGACUGACGGAUCCUGUCCCAAUCUAAACCAGUCCUCUAACUGCAACUCUCGGGAGCAGUCUGAUGAUGAGCAGUCAGAGGACUCUGUGAAGUUCAAACGGCUCCACAAGCUGGUCAACUCUACCCGCCGCGUCAGGAAGAAACUCAUCAAGGUGGAAGAGGGGAAGAAACCCAUCUCGGAAGAUUCUUUGAGACUGGAGGUGUCUUCUACCUGUGAGGACAACACAGCCCUGUACACAGGGGUCCUGAAGAAGUCCAGCCUGCCCCAGGAUGCCUCCCUGACCCAGGACCAGCUCUCUCUGGACGGGGACACAGACAGCCUGACCACCUCCCCUUCUUCCAGCAGCCUGGACACCACCUGGUCCGGACACAAGCUGGUCAAGACCUUUUCUAAGUCCAGCAGCACCCACGGCCUCAUCCGACCCCCCAGGAGAGUCCCUGCUGGGUCUGGGCGUCUGGGGGCCGUCGGGGUGGAAGGUAGUGGAUCCUCCUUCUCGGAGCUGGACGGCUGUGGAGCCGAGGAAGACGAGAAGGUGUCGUGCUCCAUGACGGAGGGCGAGAUGAGGAAAGCCAUGACCUCUCUCUCCCACGGGAGGACGUGUAGUUUCGGAGGGUUUGACCUGUCCAAUAGGUCGCUCCAUGUGGUCAGUGCAGGCUCGGAGCCCAAUAGUAAGUAUCCAGAGGCUAUAUACCGGGAGGUAGUCAAGUCUCCCACGACGUCUCGUAUCUCUCUGGGGAAGAAGGUCAAGUCUGUAAAAGAGACCAUGAGGAAACGCAUGUCCAAGAAGUACAGCAGCUCACUGUCUGAACAGUCGAGCCCAGAUGGUGCUCCCAGCUCCCCUCAGUCCCACCAGCCAGACACAGAUUCUCUGGAGAAACCCAAACUGAAGGCUGGAGGAUCAGUGGAGAGCCUCCGGAGCUCCCUCAGCGGACAGAGCUCCAUGAGUGGUCAGACGGUCAGCACCACAGACUCAUCAGCCAGUAACAGAGAGAGUGUCAAGUCUGAGGAUGGAGAUGACGAGGAGCCUCCCUACAGAGGGCCCUUCUGUGGCAGGGCGCGAGUACACACUGACUUCACCCCUAGCCCCUACGAUUCAGAUUCCCUCAAACUAAAGAGAGGGGAUGUGAUUGACAUCAUCAGUAAGCCCCCCAUGGGGACGUGGAUGGGUCUGCUCAACAACAAGGUGGGCACCUUUAAGUUCAUCUACGUGGACGUGCUGAGUGAGGAGGAGGAGAAGCCCAAGAGACCCGUCAGAAGGAAGAGGAAGGGCAGACCUCCCAAACCCACCUCUGUAGAGGAGCUGCUCGAACGCAUCAACCUCAAGGAGCACAUGCCUACCUUCUUGUUUAACGGCUAUGAGGACCUGGACACCUUCAAGCUGUUGGAGGAGGAGGAUCUAGAUGAGCUCAACAUCAGAGACCCUCAACACAGAGCUGUGUUGCUCACCGCCGUGGAGCUACUGCAGGAGUAUGACAGCAGCAGUGAACCGGAGCGUAGCGGCCUGUCAGGCUCUCAGGAGAAGCUGCUGUCAGAGGGCCACGGCCUGGUGGGCGACUCGCCACGUGACUCUGGCUGCUACGAAAGCAAUGAGAACCUGGAGAAUGGCAAGAGCAGAAAGACAUCUCGCUCCAACCGCUCCUCUGUGGGCCUCCAGUCCCCAGACUACCCCACCCUGCCCAUGACCCAGUCCACUGAGGCCCUGCAGCAGAGCAAGAUGGAGCGCACAGUCAACUUCACCAAGCACUUCUUCCUCAAGCCCACCUUGAGGGGCUUGGGCAUGCUGGGGCUGAGGAAGGGCCCCCGCCGGACUCCCAUGCCAGCCAGUCUCAGCUGUGAGGACCUGGACGGGCCACUGGAGGCCACCAGCCCCCAGGCCUGGAAGAGAUCCCACUCCCUGGGGGACCUCCACUGGGAACAGGCCUUCGACCAGAAGAAGGACCACAGCCUGGAACCCAAGCCCGCUAAUGGGGGCUCCAAGUUGGGCACCAACAGCCCAGUGAAGGGCCUCCAGGCUCAUGGAGAUAGGGGUUCACCACUGGCUCAGAAUGGGAGGAUUGCUGUGAGCCCUAAAGGACGUUCUGACCUCCCCCCUGUGCCCUCCCAGCUGCCCCUCAGACCACCCUGUUCCAUUGCCUUGCUUCCCCAGCCCCAGAAAAGCCUGCCCAACCUGAUCUCCAGCCCUCCCGAAACCCAGCUGGGGGAGAGGAGCAUCUGGACUCACCCCAAAAAGCCCCCAGUGCCCCCUCCUGUUCCAAUCAAGAAGUCCAAGGAACGCCUAGCCAAUGGGAUGUGCCACCCCUCUCUUGUCCUCUCCUCCCCAACUCAUUCCUAUUCCUCCACCACCACCAACUCUCAUCCCCCCAGCCCUGUCAUCAGCAGCCCCAGUUCCAGGGCUCCAGUCCUCCCCAGUAAGGCCUCUAGUACCCAUAUCUCCCCCUCUCCAGCCAGCCCUACUCCAGCCUCCCCUGCCUCCACCACCACCCCCCUCUCCCCUCCUUGGCUGUCUGACCUGCCCGAGUCGGCUUGCCCUCAGGCUCAGAUCCAGGGGGGUAGUGGCAAGAUGACGGUGGCCAGGAAGGUGUCCCAUGUUAAGAUGGCCGUCGAUCUCCACAACGUGCUGGAGCAGAGACUGGAGGCCGAGGGCAUUGACCUCACAGAGGAACCCUACUCAGACAAGCAUGGUCGGUGUGGUAUCCCCCAGCCCCUGGUGCAGCGCUACAGUGAAGACCUGGAGCAGCCAGUGAAAGAUGUGGCCCCCGCCAUAGACCAGGUCCGCCUCAAGCAGCUCCGCAAGCAGCACCGCAUGGCUAUCCCUUUUGGAGGUUUAACAGAGAUGUGCAGGAAGCCUCUCUCCCCGGGUCAUGUGAGCACCGUCUCUGAUUGGUUGGUGUCCAUCGGCCUGCCCAUGUACGCCACGUACCUGGAUGCGGCAGGAUAUGACACGUUGGGGCACGUGUCAUCUCUCACGGAGAGCGGCGUGUGGGAGGCGGGGGUGCGGGACGAGAGACACGCCCGUAGACUGGUCAGCGAGGCCCGUUUGGUCGGCGCACACAGAGAUGCACAGUCGUAACUGUGACAGUGGAUCCAAUGCAGGUGAAACUAGGACAGUUGAACGGCUAUGUCAUGGCUGUGUGCUCAGUUGACACAGUUGAGACUGAAGCGCAGUUGCAAAUAAAUGCAGAACUGAAUAACUGUGCAAGUGACCACGGCACAGCUUUCAACACCUAUUGAGGCUUUUGACUGGACUGCGGAGUGCGGAUGGCUCGCUGUUGCAGCCCAGCCACACCUGAGAUUUAUGAGCAGAAAACCUCUUCUUAUUCCCCCAUGUCUUUAUCAAUCUAUUUCUCUCUUUCAGAUGUUUACGGUGAAAUUGUUCCAACUGUCGAGAACAGUUAUCAGAUGCCUUUAAAACUGACUGUAGACUAUCUCUCUCUCUCUCUCUCUCUCUCUCUCUCUCUCUCUCUCUCUCUCUCUCUCUCUCUCUCUCUUUCUUCUCUCUCUCUCUCUCGGACUGUUUCCAUUCUGAAACAUCCUCCCCAGUCUUAUAACUCAAGACUGAGAAGUACUGCCUUGAAGGAAAAAUAGCACAGUCUCUUUUUUUUUAGGUUUGACUUUUUAUAAAGGUAUAAAAUACUCUUUAUCUGUGUUUUUCCCUGUGUUUAAUAAAUGCUUAAUUUUCAUCUCUUGUGCGAGACAAAAGCACUGGAGAGUAAUAAGAAUAUGUAGCUUGGCCAAAGCAAUUUCUUUCAAAUCAAACCAAAUCAAACUAUAUUUGUCACAUGCGCCGAAUACAACAAGUGUAUACUUUACCGUGAAAUGCUUACUUACAGGUCCUUAACCAACAGUGCAGUUCAAGAAGAGUUAAGAAAAUAUUUACCAAGUAGACUAAAAUAAAAAGUAAUAAUAAAAAGUAACACAAUAACAAAAACGAGGCUAUGUACAGGGGGCACCGAUAUUUCAAUAUACAUUUUACCUUUGUUGUUAAUCCCAUUGCCAAAUGCUAUAGCAAGACUUUGGACAAUGGGUUUUCUUGCAGUUAAUCAACUAAAACAUUACACAAAACAUGAAAUAGGCAAACAAUGCUGUUGUAUUGGGAUUUCAAAUCCUAAUUUUCUAUCAUACUAUAGUGUUUUUGUAAUAUACUGUACCAUAUAUUCUAAUUUCAAGGUGUUUUUACAGUAUGUGUUCAAUAAAUAUUUGUUUGUCUGCUUUGUGGAAUGUCAAUGUCUGAAAUGUCUUCAGGCCAUCUCAGUUAAUGUAAGUAGACAGUCAGACAGAUAUCGAUAUAAUUAUAUUGCAGAUUUCAAAACAUAUCUUGGUUGCAUUUAAUCCUCCAAUAUGUAGGUCCUUACAGUAAGGCCCUCUACACAGUACUGCUCUAAUAAUCUUUCAUGUUAGAUCAGCUUUUCUUUGCAGACUCCAUAUAUCUAAACGAGCUCAUUUUAAGUUGCCUUACCAUUAUGUAAAGAAAACAGUUAGAUAAAUAUCUAUUCAUGUGCUCAGCAUUAUAAAUAGACAUUUCAACCCCCAUCUACAUUCCCUUUGACUAACGCUUGAUUUUAUCACAGCCUCACCAGGCCUAUAUGUUUUGAAUGUGCAAAGGUGAUGUAUAACGGUGAUUGUUAGUAGCAGACACACACACACACACACACACACACACACACACACACACACACACACACACACACACACACACACACACACACACACACACACACACACACACGAUUAGCUGCCUGAGGAUGUAUGGGAUCCAAGUACACACAUACACACAUUAGCAGCCACAUAGCUCAACUGGUGGUUUCCUUGUUAAGCACAGAUGUUAAUCCACAGGAAGUCUGAUUUAAACAUAGUGUCCCAUAUUCAACAGCCAGCCACAGCACCACUCAGUACUACAGUCUUAGAGAGAGACACAGUCAGGGAGGACAGAUAAGAAUGGGAGAUGGUCACCUCACCUCUGUAGGGACGUACUGAAUCCCCAUUCACUGAAACAGCAGACCAGACCUGUGAGUCCCUAGCAGUGCAUUCCUAGUCCAAGCUUGGUGUGAGUGGAUCCACCCACGUAAUGUCAUUCUACUUGUAUGAAGUACUUAAUAUUGCAAACAAUUAUCCCUAGCCCUCGGAUUUCAAAAUAAAAAUUUGACAGAGUGGUGUAACAUUGGGGAGGCUUUUGCAGUGGACACUCGAAAGAAGUUUGAUGCCUUUUCUCUUCAAUCAUAGUGGUGCUCCAGGUUAGUACUAGUAGGGGGAGUUUUUCAAGAAACAAAAAUACCUAACAUUGAAGAUUUAUUUUGUAAAGAAAAAAUAUUGUCACUGUAAAAUGCACUUUAGAAAGUAAAUUAGAAAAUUCAAGCAAAAUGUGCAAAAUUUUCUUUAAGUCCAUAAGCGGACAUUUGUUUUCAGGUAAGGUAAAGGGUUUGAAUGAGUUAUACUGGUUAUCUUAGUAUUGAGUUCCCAAUGCCAAGUCAAUGUACAAAUGUAAUUAAUAAUCAUUCAUGAAUUAACCUGUUCCAAUGACUUAACUUCCUAUUUGUUUUUGCAAUCGUACAAAAAAACGUCAUUACAUAAAUGAAAUGAUUAACAAGAGUUGCACAUUCUGUAUAUGGUAUUUGGUAUUUAAAUAACUUAUUUUGGGGCUUUUCAUAUCAACUGUAAUUAUUAGCUGUACUAUACACAUAGCAAUACCUUCCUGCAUAUUGCUUUAGCUAGUGAAAAGCUGCAGUGUGUAUUGUAAAGUAUAAGUGUACAAAUGAUUUUCUUUGGUUUCAACUAUCUAAUGAUUGUCUAUAAAGAUUUGCUUGUGUAUUGAAACAAAAAAUGAUGUCUAUAACUAUGUCAUUCUGAAAUAUAAUAAAAACCCUUUCUUGCCA